AUGACCGUCCAUCCCUCCCUACCUUUAGUACCUCCUCUCACAAAGUGGAGAGGACAUACAGUCAUAUUCUCCCUUCCAAAACAGGUAAAUGUGGAGAAUCUGAUCAUGAAGAGCCCCUCCGAUGUUCCUGUUCCAACUGCAGUGAACGAGAAAGGUAAACAGAAAGAAGCAGUGAUCAAGACGCCAGAGCGCGUUAAGCAGGAGCCCAGCUACACUAAGAAAGGCUCAACGGUUUUACUCCUUGGCGAACACCCAUUUCAACGCUUGGAAUUGUCUUCUUCCGAAGGUGACUCGAGCGAUAACACUUUCAGCAACUCUCUAUCCCCGAUCAAAAGACAACACCAUUAUCGAUCCAAAUCAGUAUCUCCUACUCCAGCCCCCAGGUCUUACUUACCGUCCUCUUCCCGAUCAGAUAGAAUUCUCACGCCUUCACCAGACAUUAGCGAGCCAAUCGACUGGCAAGAUUUCUCUGACCCGUAUGGAGGUAUUGACGAAUACGGCGUGGUCGACGAUCGUAGCUCUUUGUCUGGAAACUCCUGGACAGACGAUAUAAGUGACGGCGCUGCUGCUAUAAUAACCCCAAAAGGUUUGCCGGCUUUUCCAAGUCCUCAGAUCGACGUUCAAGAUUUAGCCGCACUGUUGAACCAACCGGCUACCGUGUUACUACCCACUCCACCUUCCACACCUGCUGCCGUAAGAAGACGUGUCAGUAAAUCACCUGUAUUGUCGGCGAUCCCCUCGGUGUCCACACCUAGCUCUCCUUUCGAUUCUAAUACGCCCUUGCCUCGAUCCCCUUCAAGUCUCAGUGCUCCCGGUAGACUGUUUGAUCUAGGUUCGAACAUCCACGAAAUCAAUUGGGCAAACUCCACAGACAGUACCCCUGAUAUAGACCACCCCGAAGAUGAAGAGACAGAUCUCAACGUAAUCAACUGUAGUGCUUGUGGAAUCAGAGUGAAUUUUGUCCAAGCAAAGAGAAUGCUACCUUGCGGGGACGUUACCUGUUCGGCUUGCUUUUCAUCUACAAUCUCUGCUGUAUCGAAGGUCAAAGGUCAUUCUCAGUGUGUUACAUGCACCAAGAAGGUCAUAACCUUUGAGACGCUCAAGGAAGUUCCGACAUCCGACGCUUUUGAAGGACCUCCAUCGUCCGGGCAGUUCGAUAGAUAUCCAAUUGCUACGGCCACUUCUGGUAAUGAAUCGGUGGUAAUGAGAAUCGAUAACAUCGCCUGGGAUCUAACCCCCAACAUCGUAGAAAGCUUUCUGCCAGCGGACACAUUGGCUGAAGAUUUGGCACAAGCCAUCCACAUUCCUCUUGACAGGUUUGACGGUAGGACCAAGGACUAUAUGUAUAUCGAAGUGGCUUCACUCGAGGCUUCAAGGUUGAUUCUACAAACCCGCCAGAACACAUAUAUGCCUGGCGGACCACUUACUGGUGGUCGUAAACGUCCCGUGACGAUUACUCAUGUAUCGCAUGCAGAACUUGUCUCAGAGCUACGUCCUCAAUCAUCACAAGAGCUGCAUUCUCUCCUCAAUCUGUGUCAUCUAGCUUUGGCACCACCUACGCAUGCAUCAAGAUUCCUCAAAGCGCGACAUGGCCCUUUCUACUCCCUUAUGUCUACCAUGAGCAAACUGACUGGAAAAGGCAGUCCAGCAUACUGGGACUUAUUUCGGGCGAUAUCAAUGCUCGCGCAAACCAUCAAUCGCAAAACUUAUCAACCCCCUUCUGGCGAUCCAACCAUGCCUUUCUCUGGUCCUGGUCCAGCCGAUGAAGAAGAUCAAGUGGUACUUGACAAAUUACUGUCGAUGUUUCAAAGGUGUUUCGGCAUCACUCCCGCUUUGAGCUGA